AUGUCGUCGUUUACGUCGUUGACGUUAUCUCCAACGCCUCUCGUUUCGUUCAACAUUGCCACGCCGAGCCGGACGCUCGAUGCAAUCACGUCCAGCAAGGAAUUUAAUAUCCACGUUCUAGCAGGCGAUGAAAGCGGGGCGGCAGUCGCUGAUCAUUUCACACGGGGCAAUAUGGACGGUGUGUUUGACACCAUUGAAGGGGCAGCAUAUACGGUGGAUAAAGGUCAGCAUGGAGGGAGUUCGGCGCCGCUGCUGAAAGGAGAGGGCGUUUUGAGAGUGCUCCGGUGCAAGCUGUUGCCAGAUGGAGCUACAGGAGGCCUGGUCCGUGUACGAGACCAUGUCAUCGUGUUGGGGGAGGUUGUUGAGAUGAUACCCGGGAAUAAGACAAAAGAAUUUGGGCUUGCAUAUGCGGAUAGAAGAUAUAGACAGGUCGGAGGCGUCAUUGAGAAUGCGCGCUGA